UGCCAAUCCUCAGCAUAAAUCAGGGCAGCACAAACGCGUGGCAUAGAAGCGAAACGUGAGCAGACAAUCACGGACUGAGUCUCAAGUCUUGCGGCCAGUGCAGGAGAACUCCACGCUGCCACAAACACAGUUCAAGAAUUCACAGGGAAUUCCAAAAUCAUUCAAUCAGCGGCGCUCCUGCAGCUGCUACUGGACAUUGGUCACCACCACCACAAGCUAUUCCACUGCGAGGAGAUGACAAGAUUGGCAGAAUCCUGGACAAACGUGCAGACAUCCGCUGCACUUUGAAAGUGAAGGAGAUGGACAGGGUGGAGCUGAGGUCGGCGCAUGAUGGACAUCAAGAGAAGUCACCGCCAGGGAGAGUAGGGCUUGAGCAGGAAUCUAGGGGAUCCGCCAGACCUGUGGCUGCUGGGGCUAUGCAGAGGUCCCCCACGAACACCUCCAUCUCCAUCAGGGUUAUGAUGAGAGACCCGUGCAGCUCCAGCCUGAAGGAAGCAGAGCUCGGCUGCACGUCGGACGUGGUUGACGCUGGGAAAAUGGACCUGGUAUCGACACUACGGCCCCCGGAUGGUCAUUGCAGGAAGGCAAUGCACAGCAGGCAAAGCGGAAACAAGUUCGCCUGGGAGCUGGACAACCACAAGCAUCAAACAAAUGUGUGUCUGCCACCUAUUCGCAGCGCAUCACUGCCAUUGCCUCCCCCGCUCUCCCGAUCACCGGCGGAGGGUAGCAGAUCCCUUCCCACGCUGGGGCUCUCCGAUCCCGGCCCGGGAAGUCGGGCGCAGCUGCCCGACGUGCCGGCGUGGCUCAGGCCUCCUUCAACGCCGAAAAAAAUCUUCUCACCCCUUCCCGAAAUCCAUUCCAAAGCUUACGCCGAAGCUAAUUCAUCCGCGGUUGGCAUUCGGAGAUUUUGCGACACACCCGAGGACUGUGUUACUCACAAGGAGAGCGCCGAUGUUGUGACUCCAAGGAAGAGCUACUUUCAGGGUGACGAAGUCAACGUCAGACGUUACAGAACAUUCCCGUCUUUUUCUCAGACGCAUCAACCUCGUCUGUGGUCAUUCGUGCCGGCCCGUGUCCAGCACACGAGGCCCACUGUCACACGAGCAUUACUGCCAGGGAGAGACUUUGGUGUUUGUGUUACAGCGCACGGAAAGAACCACCCGAAGGAUUUGGAACCUCGCCAUGACGACGAAGGGAUGAAGACGACUCCUAAACGCGCCAACGUUGAACACCGUGUGAGUGAUUACAACGGGUCUAAAACUCUUGCGAAUUACGUGAAAAACCGUGGUUCUCAAUUGAAUCAAGAUAUGAGGAAAACGUGCUUAAAUAGCAGCGCGGUGAACGAGUUAGUGCCGAUUGUACAGGCACUCCACAGCUCAAGUAAAGCCAUAACUCCAGCAACAAAACACGAAGACACAGAGACAUUGUCAGAACCACGCGAUCCUAGCUCAAGUGAAAAUGUUCAACAUCGUAAACCUAAUUGUUGUCUUAAGAAUGACUCCGUACCUGUGGAAGAUACGAGUGAAAUGUGUGAAAGCCAUACAACCCUGUGUUCACGAAAACAAGAGGUGGACACUGAACCUGUGAAAACAGAGUUAAACGCAGUGGUCAUACUGGGAGUGGAUUCGGCUGUGUCUGCAGGGAUAAAAGUGGAUGAGGUGAAGAAGAGAACUUACCUGUCAUCGGACACUGACGAUGUGAAAGCCACUGUAAUGAACAGAAGUGUGUCAGUGAGGAACAGAUCCCAGUGUCAGCCUGCAGCCAUUCCCCCUGACUUCAUAGCAAACACAGUGGACAAAAGUAAGCCUUCGAGUUACACGGCUGCUUUUUCCGGUCAUCUGUUAGCAACUACAGAACGAGCAGUGCCAAAGGAACAAUUAUUCGUCGGCAAAAAUAAGUCAAAAGAACCGACUCUGAUCACGACGACGCAUGUGCCCACUCCACCGCUGCGGUGCAGCUGCCAGCAUUUCUGCCAGCAUUGCUGCCACCCUACAGAAGAAUCAGAGACAAGACAGGAGAGAGGAGCUGGUGUUACCAGUGGAGGGAAUGAAGAUGGAGCCAAGGUACCCCAGAAGCCAAAGUCAUGUGCAGAAGUGGUUGGGAGUGAGGCGAGGCCAGGUAAGCAGGGUGGACAAAACGGAGAGGCAAUUUAUCCGCCUGGAAUUCCGCUCAUAAGAGUGUGGAAGACAGAGAUUGAAGAGUCUUUGGUGAAAAAUGCGGUCGAUGUAAAUACUUCCUCAACGAAAAAUGCUCCAAUGAGGAAGGGGCUCAAAAAGACGAAUAGGGCAAUUUCCUCGGGUGUGACAGCUGAAAAAUCUCAUAAAAAUAUACAGUCAAGCAUCUGAGAACUCC